UUAAUUCCUCCCGUCCCAGGACAAACCAGUUACUUCCCCUGCCGAUGCUGGAAAAAAUCGUCACGUUUUUCUCUGGAAGCGUGAGGAAGGCAUCGAUUAAGCGACGGAGCGCGGGACUCUGGCAUCCCUGCCCUCGCAUCCCUGUCGGCCGCGAAGAGCCUAAAAAACGGGGGAAGGAGGAAGCAGUCGCGUCUCGGCGCUCUCGUCGUGCGUGUGCCAUCCCGCCAUGGCGAAUCUCUCGCUGGAAAGUGUGAAUGCGUGUCUGAGAGCCAUGGAGUAUGCCGUGAAGGGGCCGGUGGCCGUGAGGGCGGGCGAGAUCGAGAAGGAAAUGCAGCAGGGGGUCGUGAAACCCUUCGCAGAGGUGACAAGGGCGAACAAUGGGGAUUCGCAUGCAAUGGGACAGAAGCCCAUCACCUUCCUCAGACAGGUGGUGUCCCUCUGCGUUACUCCAUCCCUCUUGGACGAUCCCAAGUUCCCCGAGGACGCGAAGGAGCGGGCGAGACGUCUCCUCGCGGGCUGCAAGGGGCACAGCAUCGGAUCCUACACCGACAGCGUCGGGAUCGAGGUCAUCCGACAGGAUGUAGCCAAGUACAUCCACGAGAGGGACGGGGGAGUCCCCAGCAACCCCGACGACAUCCUCCUGUGUGCAGGAGCAGCAGAAGGAAUCCGAGCGUGCAUGAAGCUCCUGAAUCAGGCGAUAGACGGGAAGAAGCCGGGGGUCAUGAUAUCCGUCCCCCAGUAUCCGCUCUACACAGCUUCCAUCGCUGAGUUCGACAUGUUCCCUGUGAAUUACUACCUAGACGAGUCACAAAACUGGGGUCUCGACAUGAAGGAGCUGAAGAGGGCCAUAGACGAGUCCCGAGAGCUCUGCAACCCCCGGCAGGUGUUGACCAGAGAGAACAUCCAAGACAUAAUCAAGUUUGCAUACCAAGAGAAGCUGAUCGUGUUUGCAGAUGAGGUGUAUCAACACAAUGUUUAUGCGGCUGGGAGUCGAUUCCAUUCGUUCAAGAAGACGAUGAUUGAAAUGGGUCAUCCGUACGACAAGAUGGAGCUCUUCUCCUUCAUGUCCGCCUCAAAGGGUUACAUGGGAGAAUGUGGAUUCCGAGGGGGCUACGGGGAGAUCGUCAACAUGGACCCUGAUGUGAAGAAGAUACUAUUGAAAAGUCUCUCAGCCAAGAGCUGCCCAACUGUUCUUGGACAGAUCGCAAUGGAUGUGGUGGUGAAUCCCCCCAGGCAGGGAGAGCCAAGUUACGAGUCUUUCGAGAAGGAGAAGGCAGCAGUGCUGGGAUCCCUGGCCGAGCGAGCCAAGAUGAUUGCCGACACGUUCAACUCCAUGCCAGGCUUCUCGUGCAACCCAGUCCAAGGUGCGAUGUACGCAUUCCCACGCCUUGAGCUUCCUGCCAAGGCCAUACAGGCGGCCGAGAGGGCAGGGCAGCAACCCGACUUCUUCUACUGCAUGUCACUCCUUGAGGAGACUGGGAUCUGCAUCAUCCCAGGCUCUGGAUUUGGACAGGUUCCAGGAACCUAUCACUUCAGGAGGAUGCACCGACGGGCUCUUCCCCCAUGGGCCGCAGUCUCGCGCCUGGCCUCUCCGCGGUGUGUGCGAGGCCUCAGGAGGAAUUUCGCGAUGUCGGCCGCGAUGCAGAAGAAUAUCACGCUGGAGAAUAUGAGUUUGUGUCUGAAGACGAUGGAGUAUGCGGUGCGGGGGCCGCUGGUCAUCAGGGCCGGUGAGAUUGAGAAGGAAAUUCAGCAGGGAGCCGAGAAACCCUUCUCAGAGGUGAUAAGGGCGAACAUUGGGGAUGCACAUGCAAUGGGACAGAAGCCCAUUACCUUCCUCAGACAGGUGGUGUCCCUCUGCGUGACUCCAUCCCUCUUGGAUGAUCCCAAGUUCCCCGAGGACGCAAAGGAACGGGCAAGACGUCUCCUUGCUGGCUGCAAGGGCCACAGUUCAGGAUCAUACAGUGACAGUGCUGGGAUCGAGGUCAUCCGACAGGAUGUAGCCAAUUAUAUCCAAGAGAGGGAUGGUGGUGUCCCCAGCAACCCUGAUGACAUCCUCCUGUGCGCUGGAGCAUCGGAAGGAAUCCGAGCAUGCCUGAAGCUCCUGAAUCAGACGAUAGAUGGGAAGAAGCCAGGGGUCAUGAUACCAAUCCCCCAAUAUCCACUUUACACUGCCUCCAUUGCUGAGUUUGACUUGCACGCUAUUAAUUACUACCUAAAUGAAUCAAGAAAUUGGGGACUUGAUAUGAAGGAGCUGAAGAGGUCCGUAGAUGAGGCACGGGGGAUCUGUCACCCCCGUGCCUUGGUUGUAUUGACCAAAGAAAACAUUCAGGACAUCAUCAUGUUUGCACUCCAUGAGAAGCUGGUCUUAUUUGCAGAUGAGGUAUAUCAACACAAUGUUUAUGCAGCUGGGAGUCAAUACCAUUCGUUCAAAAAGACAAUGAUGGAAAUGGGUCAUCCAUAUGAUAAGAUGGAGCUCUUCUCCUUCAUGUCUACUUCAAAGGGAUACAUGGGAGAGUGUGGGUUCCGAGGGGGCUAUGGGGAGAUUGUUAACCUGGACCCUGAUGUGAAGAAAAUGCUGUUGAAAAGCAUCUCAGCCAAACUCUGCCCAACUGUUCUUGGACAGGUUGCAAUGGAUGUGGUGGUGAAUCCUCCCAGGCAGGGAGAGCCAAGUUACGAGUCUUUCGAGGAGGAGAAGGCAGCAGUGCUGGGAUCCCUGGCCGAGCGAGCCAAGAUGAUAGCCGACACGUUCAACUCCAUGCCAGGCUUCUCAUGCAACCCAGUCCAAGGUGCGAUGUACGCAUUCCCACGCCUUGAGCUUCCUGCCAAGGCCAUACAGGCGGCCGAGAGGGCAGGGCAGCAACCUGACUUCUUAUACUGCAUGUCACUCCUUGAGGAGACUGGGAUCUGCAUCAUCCCAGGCUCUGGAUUUGGACAGGUUCCAGGAACCUAUCACUUUAGGACAACAAUAUUGCCGCAGCCAGAGAAGCUGAAGGACAUGUUGAAAAAGAUUCAAGAUUUCCAUUUCAUGUUCCUGGAACGCUACAAGUGAAUCUGUCUCUAUUCCUUCUAGUUCUUGAUUUUCCUUUCCCAUUGUGUUAUUUUUGCACCUUUAUGCAUGUCAAAUGUCUUUUUAUACCUGGGUUGUAAUGAUGGAAUCUCAGUUGGUUGGAAUGGUGCUCUUUGAGAGCAGGAAAUAUGCAAUUGUCAUUGCUUCUCACAUGCAUUAAUUAUAUUGUAGCUUGAUGUGUGAUUUGAAUCUCUUGCAACCGGUGUGAGGAAGUAGAAUCUCUCAAUGACCAUGAGUUUACUGUCACAGAAGUGAUGGAAUUCAUUUAAACUAAUACAGGCAUUUUGGAUUAAUGUUGUGAAAUUGCAAGAGUUCUGAUGUGUAGUGAUACAAUUUACAAUUUGUACCAGUCUAGGAAAUGUUCAGUUGAGUUGUAGUAUUUUCAGUUCUUAAAAUGUGCAUUAUUACUGUUGUUGUUGUCAUCCUGAAGAAUCUGAAUGCAAUGAGAUUGUCUUUUUUUUUAUUUUUUAGUGUUCCCUCGAAGGGAAAGGGAAAGAAAGCUCCUCAGCAAUACAGUAUAUUUUAAUAUGGUAACUGGGUAUGGUGAUUUGAUUGAUUUGAUAUGAUGCAUUCAUACCAGGUGGCUUAGUAUGAAAUAGACCAGGUGAGGUUCUACCCAUGCUGGGUAUAUUUGUAAUAAUUUCCAGUGGUAAUGCACACAGGAAUACAAUUUUGGGCAACCAAAAGUUAUAAAUGCAUUAUAUGAUGUCCCAUUUUCGAAAAAUUUUAAAAUCAACUUUGUGAUUUCUCAGAGGUCUGUAUGAUCCUGAUGCAGAUGAGAAAGGGAGUCCUCCUUUCACAGUAAUUUUAGUCUUUCUAAAGAAUUUAAUGUUGAUGCAUUUAGUUACUCAACAGCAUUGCACCCUCUUUCACUCUUGCACUUUCUUUAGAGAGCUCGUCACGCAGCUCUCUACUAUUACACGCCUUAACAUUCAAAAGUGGCUUGAAGGGUCUUCUAUGUUCUUUGAGGUCAUUUUGGACACCACUGUUUCUGCACAUUACACCUUAAGCCUAUACUUUCAGGAUUUGGGGUGGAAAAUUCAGAGAAAGUAAUUUUUUUCCUCAGGGGGCUUGAGUGGAAGAGUUGAGGUAUUUAAGGGGUAGAACAUGCAACAUUUCCCGUUGACAUACAAGCUGGUACUACACACUAUUGGCAAAAUAUUUUGUUGAUCUUUUAAAAUAAUUCAUUUUCAAUGUGUUUCAUACACUUUCCUGCCAUUUUAUCAUAGAAAGGGUUCAAAGAACUAUGUAAGAAGUACAAACAAGUUUUAAAGAAAUGUGAAGCAUUCUGCCAUAUGUUGGAUUUUCACUGGGAAACAAACUGGAAUGCAGGAAAAGUAUGAGUAUUUAUAAAAACAUAGAAAUGUCAAGGGAACAAUGGUAGUUUUUGAGUAUGGUGGUCUAGGAUGUCAAUAUGGUAUGGUUUGAAUAAUAUAGUGUUGAUCCACCAUUUUGCAUGGUAGUAAGGGCGCAUAAAAAUUCAUCACUCUUUCAAUUGAUGCAACUCAUUCAACAAUUUCUCUGCUGUGGGGAUUUCCUGAGAGCCUCCAUUAUCUUUUCCCCUCCAAAAAAGAAACUUUGAGAUCUCAGAUGACCUUGAAGCUGUGGAUACAACAGUGUAUAAUAUCUGUGACCAUGCUUGUUGAAAAGAAUGUGUCAUACCUUUCCAUUAAAGGAAAAUGUAAAAGCCAAAGUCUGAGUCAUGGUUCACUGAAGUUUCACUGAAUGUAGACAAUUUUAAUUGUGUUCUGAUGUGGUUCAUCUCAUUAGAUGUGAACUCCUGGGAAAGUCUUCCAAUUGGUAUUUAGGGAAUCUUAAUCCAUUGUUUUUGAGUGCCUCCUCAUUGCACAGAAUCAAUAAAUCCU